AUUAAUAGGCGCUUUUUGUGAAAAAGGGUAAAGAGGUCUUCUUUUAUGCCAUCCAAAAAGUGACAGUCACGCUAUCCAGGGACGAUUCAUGGAAACUGUUAAGAGUUUGUGCUGCACCUUGAAUCGAGUAUCCAUCCGACAUAUUGCUAUAAAUUGCCAUGUUUCCAGCUCUUGGAUUGUUCCGAUCUAUAACAUGUCCUGAAUAUCCAGGAUGUCACAGGUCUUCCUGUCUAUAUUCUCACGAGGUCACUGAAGAGCAUAUUGCCAAAAAGCGAAAAGUGGAAGCUACUAGAAGUCGUCAGGAAACAGAACGUGCGCCUAUAGCUCAAAUAAGCAAAUACGCUACUUCCACCCAAGUACGACCUGUAGCAAAGGGACAUGCAGGACCAGCAGCUGCAUAUGACAUUCGCCCGUCAGCUGCGAAACUCCCCAGCAAUUUAUCGACUACAGCUGAAGCAAAGCCUGCUUACCGUAAUAUUAUCAGCGGGGUGAGCGAAACAAAGAUGAAGCCCACUGCUACAAUAUCCAAUAGAUCAUCGACCGGUAGCAACCUUAGUCACUCUGUACCUGUACCAGUACUGCAGGCUAAAUCAACUACUGGUGGACCGCCGAUGAUCCUCCCAGAUCUAAAAUCCCAAGUCCCACAGAAAGUUCGACAGAUGACAGUAACCAGAAUGUACGAGCAGUUCCUGCGCAUUUAUAAGCCAUUAGACGAGCAUAUGCUGCUUGCCUUUCAGGACUCAGAGAAACAGGAGAGAAAAAUCCAUGAGACUAGUGUUAACCAAGCUGGAUACAAGCAGACAGCGGCUGGCGUACUAGGACGUUUGAAAAAACGUUUACCCUCAGAAGAUAAAGACGACAUUGGAAUCGACGGUGAAUGGACAGACAAAAAGAGCCAACAAAAGACAGGGAUGCGAAGCAAGCUUCAACAGUACGUCUUAACGGAGGAACAACUAGCAAAGAUGAACUACCCUCUAGCAGAUGCUCUCGAAAUUCCGCAAAGCAUAGAUAGCUCAGUUGGAAUAGAGCGUAAAUGUGACAGGUGUACUAAGGCAUUCAUUGUCAAAGAUAUCUUGACAAAACAAGAUAUGGAACUAUGUCGCUAUCAUCAUGGGCGAAUCAGAAAAGUCAAAGUUCAUGGGGAGUACGAAAGGUUGUACUAUUGCUGCAAUAGCCCUCCUGAGAGUCUAGGAUGUACAACUGGACCACAUGUAUACAAAGAUGAGACUAUUGAGGCAUUAGCAAAGCGUAUUCCGUUCUCUUCUGUAAAGCCAGUCAGCGGUGCGAGCAAAGAUGUACGACAAAUUAUCGCUCUUGAUUGUGAAAUGGCAUACACUACUGCAGGAAUGGAGCUGGUUCGCAUAAGCGCAAUAGAUGAAUUCAAUGAAACCAUUAUAGAUGAGCUGGUUUUGCCUCAACACAUGGUUGUCGACCUGAAUUCACGCUAUAGUGGCAUUCAAACCUUGCGAGGUGCAAAGUAUAAUCUUCAAGAUAUUCAUUUGAUGUUAUCGAAAUUCAUGGAUGAACAGACUAUCCUUGCUGGCCACGGAUUGGAAAAUGACUUGAAAGCUUUGCGAAUUGUUCAUCCAAAUGUUGUAGAUACAGUUGCACUCUAUCCGCAUCCCAAUGGACUACCGUAUCGACACGGACUUCGCUUCCUAGCUAACAAGUAUCUUCAAAGGUUCAUACAAGAUAGCUCUGAAGGACAUGACAGUUUUGAGGAUGCUAAGACUAGUCUUGAUCUGAUUAAGUUGAAAGUUGAAAAAGGCAAACAGUUUGGCUCCAACUAGACUUACGCGUCACAUAAUUGAUUGAUAUCAAAAAUUCUAAUAGGCGUCUACCCCACCCAUCACUGCGUAGUCACCAGCAAUUUCUUCCAAUCCUCCUUACCAUGACUCACCACGCUGUACUGCGAACUACAAUUGA